UGAUUUGUAAUGUCUAUUAAAUUUGAUUUAUUGACUUUAGAAUGAUUAUUUCAACUUUUAUGUUGUUUGUGUUUUUUAAUAAAAAAAUAACAUAUUUUUCAUAAGGCAAAAUAUUUAAUCUCUCUCUCAAUCUCUCUCUCUCUCCCUCUCUCUUUCUCUUUCUAUCUCUCUCUCAUUAAGACACGUAGGUUACAUGUCAAUCACAUUCAUAAUAUUCCCUGACCCAACCAUAAACCAACACCAAUUAUACCAAAGCAUCACACAUAAUUAGAGCCCGAUGUCUGCGUACGCGGGGGACACUGACCACAUGGACAAGAUGAAAACGUCCUACAGAAAUCCGUUUGUUAUGAAGCACCUGUCUCUACUUGUAGGUGUUUUGUUCUUUCCUUGCUCUGGUCAUCGCAUCGAAAGAUCUACUAGUUGUGCUCAGAAGUACCAGGUAAUUCCAAAUCAUUCUGCGUGUUUACAAAAGACUGCCAUUGCUACUGAUUCCGGUAUUUCUGAUGAGGACAAAAAUGUAAUAGUCAGUAAACAUAACGAGUACAGAUCAGUUGUAAACCCACCUGCUGUAGCCAUGGCAAAAAUGUCUUGGGAUGAUGAAAUAGCCAUGAUCGCUCAGAAGUACGCUGACGCCUGUAAGGGUCUCGUUCAUGAUGGCGGUCGACAGCGGAGUAUUCCGGGUGAGUUCUCUGUGGGUCAGAACCUGGCCAGUGCGUCCUACGACCUGGCUUGGGCAGGCGUGAUCAAGCUGUGGUAUGAUGAGGUCAAGGACUUCACCCUGGGGGGAAACAAUGACUUAAAGAAAGUGGGCCACUAUACCCAGGUUGUCUGGGCGACUUCCAUAAAGAUAGGUUGUGGGUUUGCCGUCUGUGGCUCAACGAGGAGUUACGUGUGUAAUUACGGACCCGGAGGUAAUCUGGACAUAAAUAACCCGUAUGAAUCGGGAUCGGCAUGCAGCAAAUGUCCAAACAGCUGUGAUAAUAAUCUAUGUGAUUAUCAAGGCAAGGCAUGUGAGAAUGGAGGAACUAUGGACUUUAAUGCGUGCGCAUGCACCUGUAAAACACCGACCACUACUUAUGCCGGUCCGUCCUGCCAAUUGAACUGUACCGGUCAAAAGGACCGUUCCUACAUCUGCGGCCCACAGUUCACCCCAGCAAUGUGUGACAGGUUCACUAAUGUCCCCCAGGACUGUCCCACCAUGUGUAAAGUGUGCCCAUAUGCUGGGAUCGGAUUCGCGGCACCUGACGGGGGACAAGAACCAGUCAAGUCAAAUACACGGUUAUCGAUCUUAACAACGAUGAUUGUAUUGAUUUCAUUUCGAUUAAUUUUCUGAAAAUGAAUGUAAAUGUUUACGUUUGUUCAUAUCGUGUUAUGUUUUUGUGUCAGACAUUUUUGUAUGAAAUAACUGAUACAGUUUUUUAAGGGGGAGGGGGUCACUAUAAAUAUCUCUGGACCAUACUUGUCAAGAUUCAUCGGUAAAAGAAGCAAUGGGAUAAAAUUGAAGAAUAAAUAAUAAUAAUAACCUAACAGAUUCUUACCCUUACACCAUAAAUCCUGAUUCUAUAGGGGGGGGGGGGGGGGUUAUCUCACAAUUAUAUAGAGGCCCCCUUGUUCACCAAAACUAUGUGCAUAUAUGUACGUUAUUUGUCUGCUUACAAACAGUAAACUAUAAAAAAUCAACUUUAACUCAAAUUUGUACCCAUAAUACAUGGCCCCUGGUAAAUAGGGUCUUAACUUUUUAAUGUUUUUUUUGCUUUGUAUCUGUAGUUUUAUCAGAAAAUUAAAAUGUUGAAAUCUUUACGACCGACACACCAAAUCUGUUGGUCGGGUCACCCUUAAAUCUUAAUUUAUGUUACUUUACUGCUCAAUGUAACGUCAUGUAUCUUUAUAAAUGUACAAUAUAUUAUGACAAUAAAGAAAAAGAACAAUUAUUA